UCCUCGUACGCUAGCCUGUGGUCCAGCCAGAGAGCUGGAGUGUGUUCAUAAUAAAGACGUCACUCUCUGCUUUGACCGUGCCAACCAAGUGCGCAGCUCGUAACUGUACAACUACAACCUCGACAUGCUUACGGACGACCGAGGAAUCCUCGCAUCCGUCAACACAAACACUUCGGCACCGAUAUCUGCAGGGGCUCUGUAGCCAGGACAUCGUUUUUACUACAAGACGUUUUGGGCUUCUUAGCUGCGCACUUCUAGCUCAACCCGAUUCGCUAGGAUUUAAAGGAAGGAGCAGCGACUCUUAAGGGGCGAGUGAUGAUGGAGGAGGUGUCAGGUCCCCGGCCCUGCACUGCAAAGCCCCCCCGCAGUCUGCUGGAAUGGAAGAAGAGAGUGAAGUCUGAGUACAUGAGGUUAAGGCAGUUAAAACGCUUCCGCAAAGCUGAAGGAGUUAAGGCUCUGUUCCAGUCUAAUCGGCGUAAGAUUGAAGUAAAAACAGAGCUGUUGAAUGAGGAAUGGUCUAAGCUCAGAAUCCAGUCCAUCCCUCUGUCCACCCCCAGUGGCUUUCUGCCCAUCAAAAAGUUGUGCGUGGUGGAGUUUGGCUUUCCGUCUUUUCCGAACCAGGCAGUUGCCAUGCGUCCCUUGACAACUGUUGCUGGGAUACCAUUCAUGAACUCCUGGUCCCCUUUGCAGCAGAACUUCAUGGUGGAAGAUGAGACAUUUCUGCAUAAUAUUCCCUACAUGGGAGAUGAGGUGUUAGAACAGGAUGAGGCUUUCCUGGAGGAACUCAUUGAUAAUUAUGAUGGGGUUCAUGGGGACAGAGAGGGGGGCUUCAUAAAUGACGAGAUCUUUAAAGAGCUGGUGGAGGCACUGAGUCAAUACUCAGACCCAGAGGAGGAGGAAGAGGAGUGUGGAGAAGAGGAAAAGGAGGAGAGAGGGAUGCAGGAACGUCCAGCAGAAAGUACAGAGGAGUCUAAAGUGAGCUUCUUCGAGAGGAAGAGGAGGAGCUGUGCUGAAGGAAGAGAACUUACCACCAAUAAGAAGACUCCCCACGACAAGAUUUUCACAGCUAUUGCAUCUAUGUUUCCUUACAAAGGCACAGAGGAGGAGCUCAAGGACAAGUAUAAGGAUCUUCUGGAGCCCUCCAACACUGUGAAGUUGCCUCCUCUCUGCACUCCCAACAUGGACGGACCGUUGGCCAAAUCUGUUCAGAGGGAGCAAAGUCUGCACUCUUUUCACACACUUUUCUGUCGCCGCUGCUUCAAAUAUGACUGUUUUCUUCACCCAUUCCAUGCAUCUCCUAAUGUAUAUAAGAGGAAAAAUAAAGAGAUCAGAAUAGAGACAGAACCCUGUGGACUGGAUUGCUUUCUCCAUCAGAAAGGGGCAAAAGAGUUUGCUGACCAAAACAUACCGAGGUCUCAAAGAUCUCGUCGUAAGCGCCGAAAGCCCCGCCCCUCAAGUUCGAGUGGCCCCACCCCCUCAGGGUCAGGUGACGAGGGAAAAGGAGACAGCGACCAUGAGACCACCAGCUCCUCAGAGGGAAACUCUAGAUGUCCAAGCCCCACCAAACUGAAACCAAGCGAGGAAGGACCAAAGGAGUCUGAGUCGCCUCCCCAGUGGAGCGGAGCGGAGGAGUCUCUGUUCAGAGUCCUUCAUGGCACAUAUUUCAAUAACUUCUGCUCUAUUGCACGACUCAUUGGAACCAAGACAUGCAGAGAGGUAUACGAGUUUGCGGUGAAAGAGGUACUGAUUCACCAUGUUCCUCUGGAGGAUGGUGGGAUAUCACCACAGAAGAAGAAAAGAAAGCACAGAUUAUGGGCAAAGAUACAGUUAAAGAAAGACAAUUCAUCCAGUCAGGUGUACAAUUAUCAGCCAUGUGACCACCCUGAGCACCCGUGUGACAGCUCCUGUCCCUGUGUGAUGACCCAGAAUUUUUGCGAGAAGUUCUGUCUGUGUGAUCGUGAGUGUGAGUUCAACACAGAUGAACAUUACACAAAUCCAUGUCAGAAUCGGUUUCCCGGCUGUCGCUGUAAGACUCAGUGUAACACCAAGCAGUGUCCGUGUUACCUAGCUGUGCGGGAGUGUGACGCUGACCUCUGCAUGAACUGUGGGACGACAGACCAUUGGGACAGCAAACAGGUCUCCUGCAAGAACUGCAGCAUCCAGAGAGGACUCAAGAAGCAUCUGCUCCUGGCCCCAUCUGAUGUUGCAGGUUGGGGUACAUUUAUCAGAGAGUCAGUCCAGAAGAACGAGUUCAUCUCCGAAUACUGUGGAGAGCUUAUUUCCCAGGAUGAGGCAGACAGAAGAGGCAGAAUCUAUGACAAGUACAUGUCCAGCUUUCUGUUCAACUUGAAUAAUGACUUUGUAGUGGAUGCCACACGUAAAGGGAAUAAAAUACGAUUUGCCAAUCACUCUGUAAACCCCAACUGUUACGCGAAAGUUGUCAUGGUUAAUGGAGAUCAUCGCAUCGGAAUCUUCGCCAAGCGAGCCAUACAGUGCGGGGAGGAGCUGUUUUUUGAUUACAGGUACAGUCAAGCAGACGCAUUGAAGUAUGUGGGCAUUGAGAGAUUGACAUAAUGUAGACACGCGUGUCUCUACAGCAUCUGCCUGCUAACAUUUCUUGCCUACCAACAAUGUUAGCACUUUACUGAGUGGAAGAACAUGGUUUUCUACCAUCCGGGGUAAAUAAAUGCCUACUGGAAGUUAUUUUGUGAUGUCAUUGUUGUUCGUAUGACAUCGCACAGUCAUUUGACGAUGUCACUACUUUGAUGUAACAUGCGACGUGACUGAAUCGUCUGAACAAGCGUUCUCAUUUUUUGUGACGUUUGUAAGGACUUGAAGAAACCGAAAGGUGGUAUCCUCACAUUUACUAAUUUACAUUUGCACUAUAUGGCCGAUACCUCAGGAUGUUCCUGAGACAGACAAAAUAUUCCAGUGAUGUUCUUCUGUCCACUUCAAAAAAAAUAUCACAAACAGUAAAUAGUUAUAACCCAUGUAUACUCAAUAUAUACUGUAACUGCAAACUAAAUGCUUCACGCCUGUUGUUGUUCUUCUUGGUCCAAAUAUUCCAUUGUGCAAAUAAUCAAACAAUAUUUUGUUGAUUCACACUUGUAGAAGUCAAAACAGUUUCACUUCUGACGCAGUAUUCUGUAAACUCAUUUGCAACUUGGUGUUAUUUAAUGUAAAGCCUGUUACUGUAAUCUAUCUAUCUAUCUAUCUAUCUAUCUAUCUAUCUAUCUAUCUAUCUAUCUAUCUAUCUAUCUAUCUAUCUAUCUAUCUAUCUAUCUAUCUAUCUAUCUAUCUAUCUAUCUAUCUAUCUAUCUAUCUAUCUAUCUAUCUAUCUAUCUAUCUAUCUACCUACCUACCUACCUACCUACCUACCUACCUACCUACCUACCUACCUACCAAACAAUGUUUUUUGUAGUAAUAAAACAAGUAACCAUAUAAACCGACAGACUGAAUGUGUGCUAGUCCUAAAGGACAUUGUUUAGCCAGCUUUUUUAGACUGGGUGUACAAAAUGGGUCUAAGAAAUUGGUUCCACUGGUACAAUAAAGAACUAAAGCAAAAGUUUACCGUUUUUCUCAAUCGCUUUGGCUCAUUUCUCGAAUGAGACUUUUUCCUCUCAAAACAAUAAGUUUGGGUCUCUGAACAGUUAGUUUCUUGAUCACAUCAGACUUGAGUUUUUUAUUGAUUUAGGCAAAUUGCAUGUGUUUUGGCACAUGUGUGCAAAAGGUUAUGUACAAUUCUCAACAAUAUGCACAAUAACUAAAAGCAUAUAGCUUGUUGAUCAAAACUGAUAAGCUGAUUCUCAGAAAAACUGCCAAUCUCAUCAAAACUUCUGAACAUUCUUUCACCGUGUGAAUCAUCACAUGGAAAAUGAUCAUUCAGUUAUCAAAAUCUGUAAGGCAUGCGUGUAUAUUCUGUGAAUAUCUAUGACAUGGGAAGUUUGCCUGCCAAUUGCUGUAAAACACUAAAUACAAUCAACUAACCAACCAAUCAAGCAGAUUUGGAAGCAUGUACUGUAUAUGGAGUUUGCCCACAGCACAAUCACUAGAGUAUUUUAAGGAUUUUUUCCAGCAUGAAGAUUGAAAGUAUCCGACCAUCGGCCACAAAAUCAGAUGUCUCUGUUAGAUGCUAUGAAUGCUGCUUGUUGAGACAUUACAGUUACAGAAUCACUGUAGGGGAUGCUUACGCCACUCAAGGAGAUUUUCAUGGAUGUCAUUUUGUGUAACAUGUCAUUUACUGUAACAU